GUACCCAGUCGCCCUCUCCACUCUGUCCCGAUGAAGGAGGCAGACGCCAUCAAGCUGUUUGUGGGGCAGAUCCCCCGGAAUCUGGAAGAGAAGGACCUCAAGCCCAUUUUCGAGCAGUUUGGCAAGAUCUAUGAGCUAACUGUGAUUAAGGACAAAUACACUGGCAUGCACAAAGGAUGUGCGUUCCUGACGUACUGUGCGAGAGAGUCGGCACUGAAAGCCCAGAGUGCUCUACAUGAGCAGAAGACAUUACCAGGGAUGAAUCGACCAAUCCAGGUGAAACCAGCUGACAGCGAGGGCAGAGGAGAGGACAGGAAAUUGUUCGUGGGCAUGCUGGGAAAACAACAGAGUGACGAGGAUGUCAGAAGGCUGUUCGAGCCUUUCGGCAGCAUAGACGAGUGUACUGUGUUGAGAGGACCUGACGGCACCAGCAAAGGGUGUGCUUUUGUAAAAUACCAAGGACACACUGAAGCCCAGGCUGCCAUCAACAGCUUGCAUGGAAGCCGCACAAUGCCUGGAGCAUCGUCCAGUCUGGUGGUGAAGUUCGCUGACACAGAGAAGGAGCGGGGGCUGAGGAGGAUGCAGCAGGUGGCCUCCCAGCUCGGCAUCUUCAGCCCCAUGACCCUCAAUUACCCUGCCUACAAUGCCUACACACAGGCGGUCAACGCACAGGCAAGCAGUGCUCGCACACAACAGCUUGUCCAACAGCAGGCUCUGGUUGCCCAGUCAGCAUACUUGUCUCCUGUGGCAACAGUUGCCGCCGUACAGAUGCAGCAGAUGGCGGCGCUCAAUGCCAACGGACUCAUCGCCACACCCAUCACACCCAUCACAUCAUCCUCGGGUACAAACACUCCCCCAACUAUUGCAGCAACACCUGUGUCAGCUCUCCCUCCACCAUUAGGAGUGAAUGGUUACAGCAGUUUGCCAGCCCAGACCAAUGGACAACAAGCAACAGAAGCACUAUACACCAACGGCGUUCACCCAUAUCAAGCUCAAAGUCCAGCAGGAUUGGACCCUUUACAGCAGGCAUACGCUGGUAUGCAGCACUACACAGCGGCAUACCCUGCUGCCUACGGAUUGGUUGGGCAGCCGUUUCCCCAGCAGCCAACACUGGUUGCCCAGCAACACCAGCAACCCCAGCAACAGCAGCAGCGAGAAGGUCCAGAGGGGUGUAACAUAUUCAUCUACCACCUGCCCCAGGAGUUCAGUGACUCUGAGAUGCUGCAAAUGUUCUUGCCCUUUGGCAACGUCAUCUCGGCAAAGGUGUUUGUGGACCGUGCCACCAACCAGAGCAAAUGCUUCGGAUUUGUGAGUUUUGAUAACCCAGCCAGCGCUCAGGCUGCCAUCCAGGCCAUGAACGGUUUCCAGAUCGGCAUGAAAAGACUGAAAGUGCAGCUCAAAAGGCCCAAAGAUGCCAACCGGCCAUACUGAGUGACCACUGAGAGGAGGAAGAAGAAAUAAAGAGAGGUGACCCUUCAGAGUCCAGCCGAGGUGGAAUCCCAGGGUUCACUGUGCUUUCAGACUGUCUGCUACCUUUGAGUGUCUGGAGAGUGCUGCCACACACACACACACACACACACACACACACACAAAGACACACACACACGUACUGACACAUAUACACACACUCACACACUGCCAGACAAACACUCAAACUGACCCACAUGCACUCUCAACACUGAACCUCAGGCGGUACAAAGCUGAUAUACAAAUGUACAUAAUGUGCACAAACACAAACACACACAAACACACACACAUACACAUCCCUGCCGACAUUCACACAGAUACACACGGUACACGGGAGUCAGUAAUCCCCAUACAGCCAAGAACUUGGUUUGACCAUUGUCUGUGUGGAGUUUGCCAACAGGGUGUUUAGUUCAGUGAAGACAACUCAGAGUAAAUGUGUGUGGAAGCUACUGAUGAAAAAAUGCUGAUAUAUCACUUCAAUAGACUUUAACAUGUCUAAACCAUGUCUAUUACAUGACAAUUAUAGAGGGACCGAACUUUCAUAAUAAAAAAAAAGAAAAGAAAAUACAAAAAAAGACAAUUAAAUGAGUAGGGUAGAGAGACUUUGGAGAAAAUCCUAAUGACCUGUAAAUAAUUUAGUUUACAAAGAGCAGCAUUUAAAAAAAGAAAGAAAAAAUGCAAAAAAGAAUACUACUUUAGAUAAACACUGAACAAGACACAGCGACAUCAUUAUUAUUAUUAUCAUCAUUAUUAUUAUUAUUAUCAUUAUUACCACUAGUAACAUCAUCAUUUGCAUAAAGGGAUAUUACAUUCCAAAUUGUAAAAUGGGAAAUCACUAACCUAUUUUAAAUUUCUACUUAGAUUUUAGGUGAAACACGGGGGGAGGGGGGGGGGUUGCACUUUUAUUCGGGAGGUUUAAUAUUUGAGCUAUUUUUUAUUUAUUUACUAAUUUAUCAAUUAUUUUGUUUAUUGAGAGAAGGGGUUUGAGUGGGUUGCAAUAUUUUCAUUUUAGAAUUUUUUAGAGAAACAUUUUUGAGGGCCUGUUUCUGUCAGACUCUUGCAAUCGAGUAAUUAUGAUGUAUGUAUUAAUUAUUACAGCAAUUCUAUUUAUUUCUUAUUUAUUGAAUCCUGUUUUUGAUCCACUCUCUUUUUAAGUUAAAAUAAAAAAAAUAUCAUACGAAAUGUC